AUGGACCAAGACGACAAUGGUUCCGAGUACGGUACCAGCGGGUACCAUGAGGAGCACCUUCGACCGAUGUCGUCAGCUCCUCGGGGUCCCCCUGGUCCGUACCGGGCCAUUUACUCAGACCUGAACGACAUGCAGGACACAAAGCGUCGUCGAAUCGAUGAACGCAUAGAGGCAGCCUAUGAGGAGGGACGCUUGAGCGGUGCUCCUGUUGACCCUGCCGACCAGCGAGAGUUCAUUAAGGACUUGUUCGAGGCGUUCAACUCCGUCGAAACAGAGGGCGAUGACGCCAUCAUUGAUAAGCCGACCAAACACGGCAGGUUGUCUCAAGCAGCCACUAAGUUCAAGGAAAAUAGGUAUCCAGCCUAUGCGAUCGAAGAAAUCUGCUGGGAGAUUUUCGACAAGGCUAGAAUUGUACAGAUGGAUGUAAAACUCUUAGAAGCAUUUCACGAGUCAAAGUUUGAGGGACCAAUGAUCCAUACUUCAUUUGGUCAACGUUGGACAGCUAUUUGUGGCGCCUGCACUCGUUCAAAAGCCUUGUGUAAAAUGUUGUUGGACGCUCCAUACCUCGAUCGUUUCGUUAGUCAUCCACAGGGGGAGCUGAAAAUGAAGCUCAACAACAAAAAAAUCAACGCUCAGCGCGACGCACAGAAUGAAAUCGGUCGUCAAUUCUUGAGCAAAGGCGUCGGACCCGAAGCGGCCGCUACAGCUUUAGCCAAAUUACUUCCUGAAGAGGCACAGCCAUAUGACAGAUAUGCCCGCUUCGGUCCUCAGCAAACUUCUGGUGGUAAUCUAGCUGGUCCAAAGACUCCAAUAGCUCCAAUGCGCAUUCAGCCUGCUCGAUCAGCUGUCACCAACUCAACCAAGCGCAAGAAUAUUUCAGAGUCUGAGGACGAAGAUGAGUCCGAGGAGGACGAUUACAUUGACUCAGCAGUCAGAUCCAACGCCAAACCAACUCUUCGAGGUCGCCGGGCGACUCUCAAGACCCCUACACGAUCCAACACGAGCAACUCUGUCAUGAGCAAGACUCCACAAACCAAAAAGACCAAGGGGCAACCGACUAACACACGCUCACGUCUCGUCAAUACCAAAACUCCUAUCAAAUCACAGGAAGUAGAGGAAGCCGAAGCUGAAGAUGAUUACAAGAAGACUAUUUGUCGACUCCUCGGUCUUGACCCUAAGAAUGCCAAGGUCAUGGCUUAUAGCCUUGAAGAUCUCAGAUGGUAUGCGAGAGCAUACAAUGUCGACUACAUGGAGACUGAAUGGUCACAUCCACAAUGGCCUGAUUACAAGGGUCUUGGACAUGUCUUUAAGGACAAGAAUGACAACCGUGUGGACCACUUUUCUAUCAUCAUCAAGUCAUUGAUGCCGCUUGCUAAGCUGCGCGGAGAUUACGUAGACGGAAAAUUGAUGCCACAUAGAAAUAGGACCUUCAAGCCCAAGUCACAAGAAGAUCGCAUGGCGCUUGGUUCUGCUAUGAAUGCUGUGCGUUUUCACGCUGGAUAUCCUGCUCCUGUCAGUAUUGAGUCUCAUGGCACCCCACAAAUGAUUGCAGAUAACAACAAUUUCAAGCCUCAAGCACGUCAGCCCCCCGUUGAAUAUCAACAAGUUGAUCAUGGUUACUAUCAACGUUCAAGUGCAUAUGAUCAUUGUUAUCCAUACAGCCAUAAUCGUUAUCAGCAUGCCAGUCAUCUACCUCACUUAGCUGCUUCCACCAGUAGGGGCUUUAAUGAUGGCUCUUUUCAACAAGGACAUAUGGGUAAUCGACAACCAUUCGCUCACCACCCGGGCUACAACUUCAACACUUUUGGUUCUAAUCCUCAAGGCGGUACCAUGUUCAAUGAUGGUCCUGGAUUUCCUGGUCCAACCCAAACUGGCUAUGCCACCUCUUUCAGAGGUCCGACUCCUAGCUACAACCCUAGUCACACUGUCCCAAGCAGUCCUUACACCACUCCUCAGCUUGGUCAUAAUGGUGGCCUUGUCUCACAAAGUCCACAUUUGCCCACUCUCAACACUCAACAUAGCGAUGGAACAUACCCAGACCCGGAGGACUGCUCUAAUCAACAAAGCUCGCAAUAG